CGCCGGGAGAGCGAGCGCGGCCCCCUGACGGGCCGGGCCGGCGGCCCCUGCGCAGGGGCCGCGGGGCCUCGCGUCACUCGGGCUACGGGCUGGGUCCUGCGGCCCCGAACUCCCCUUGCGGUUUGUGGCAGAAUCAAGUUAAACUCGGACCGGGACUCCUGCUGCGGCCGCCGCUUCUCUUUGUUGUUCUUGAGUAGUUUCGCUGUCCGCCCCAGCCGAGUGCGCUGGGUUGGCCGGAGCGUGUCGCCUCAGGUUAUCCUGAAUACCACAUGCCUAAUAAUUUUCCUUGCAACGUUAGUCAUUGUUUUUCACUGCCUCCAAAAGAUCAAAAUUUCUCCGGAAAUUGGAGACCUAUUUGAUUUAAAAGAAUAACUUUGACAAAUGGACAAUAUGUCUAUUACAAAUACACCAACAAGUAAUGAUGCCUGUCUGAGCAUUGUACAUAGUUUGAUGUGCCAUAGACAAGGUGGAGAGAGUGAAACAUUUGCAAAGAGAGCAAUUGAAAGUUUGGUAAAGAAGCUGAAGGAGAAAAAAGAUGAACUGGAUUCUUUAAUAACAGCUAUAACUACAAAUGGAGCUCAUCCUAGCAAAUGUGUUACCAUACAGAGAACAUUGGAUGGGAGGCUUCAGGUGGCUGGUCGGAAAGGAUUUCCUCAUGUGAUAUAUGCCCGUCUCUGGAGGUGGCCUGAUCUUCACAAAAAUGAACUCAAACAUGUUAAAUAUUGUCAGUAUGCAUUUGACUUAAAAUGUGAUAGUGUCUGUGUAAAUCCAUAUCACUAUGAACGAGUUGUAUCACCUGGAAUUGAUCUCUCAGGAUUAACACUGCAGAGUAAUGCUCCACCAAGUAUGUUGGUGAAGGAUGAAUAUGUUCAUGACUUUGAAGGGCAGCCAUCAUUAUCCACUGAAGGUCAUUCAAUUCAAACCAUCCAGCAUCCACCAAGUAAUCGUGCCUCAACGGAGACAUACAGCACCCCAGCUCUGUUAGCUCCAUCUGAGUCUAAUGCUACCAGCACCACCAACUUUCCCAACAUUCCUGUGGCUUCCACAAGUCAGCCUGCCAGUAUACUGGCAGGCAGCCAUAGUGAAGGAUUGUUGCAGAUAGCUUCAGGGCCUCAGCCAGGACAGCAGCAGAAUGGAUUUACUGGUCAGCCAGCUACUUACCAUCAUAACAGCACUACCACCUGGACUGGAAGUAGGACUGCACCAUACACACCUAAUUUGCCUCACCACCAAAACGGCCAUCUUCAGCACCACCCGCCUAUGCCGCCCCAUCCCGGACAUUACUGGCCAGUUCACAAUGAGCUUGCAUUCCAGCCUCCCAUUUCCAAUCAUCCUGCUCCUGAGUAUUGGUGUUCCAUCGCUUACUUUGAAAUGGAUGUUCAAGUUGGAGAGACAUUUAAGGUUCCUUCAAGCUGCCCUAUUGUUACUGUUGAUGGAUAUGUGGACCCUUCUGGAGGAGAUCGCUUUUGCUUGGGUCAACUCUCGAAUGUCCACAGGACAGAAGCCAUUGAAAGAGCAAGGUUGCACAUAGGCAAAGGUGUGCAGCUGGAAUGUAAAGGUGAAGGUGAUGUUUGGGUCAGGUGCCUUAGCGACCAUGCAGUCUUUGUGCAGAGUUACUACUUAGACAGAGAAGCGGGCCGUGCACCUGGAGAUGCUGUUCAUAAGAUCUACCCAAGUGCAUAUAUAAAGGUCUUUGAUUUGCGUCAGUGUCAUCGGCAGAUGCAGCAGCAGGCGGCCACUGCUCAAGCUGCAGCCGCUGCGCAGGCCGCCGCCGUGGCAGGAAACAUCCCUGGCCCUGGAUCAGUAGGUGGAAUAGCUCCAGCUAUCAGUUUGUCAGCUGCUGCCGGCAUUGGUGUCGAUGACCUUCGCCGUUUGUGCAUACUCAGGAUGAGUUUUGUGAAGGGCUGGGGACCGGAUUACCCAAGACAGAGCAUCAAAGAAACGCCUUGCUGGAUCGAGAUUCACUUACACCGGGCCCUCCAGCUCUUAGAUGAAGUGCUUCAUACCAUGCCUAUUGCUGACCCACAGCCUUUAGACUGAGGUCUUUCAGUGUUGGGGCCCUUAACAUUGUCAGGAUGGUGGACUAUAAAAUACAAUCCUGUUUAUAAUCUGAAGAUAUAUUUCACUUUUGUUCUGCUUUUUUCAUAAAGGGUUGAAAAGUGUGUUUGCUGCCUUGCUCCUAGCAGACAGAAACUGGAUUAAAACAAUUUUUUUUCCUACUUAGAACUUUUCAGGCAUGGCUCAGAGCUUGAAGAUCAGGAAAAACACAUUCUUAUUAAAUCUUUACCAGUUAUGUAUGAAGGAAUCAUUCCAGUGCUGGAAAAUUUAGCCCUUUAAAAUGUCUUAGAGCCUUUUAUAUGCAGAACAUCGAUACAUGUGUUAUUCUACAGAAUAAAUUCAAUAUUGCUGAUUUUAAAGGAGAGAAGUUCUCAAAGUUAAUUCACCUAUGUUAUUUUGUGUGCAAGUUGUUAUUAUUGAACAUACUUUACUCCAAAAUAUUGUGCCAUGUGGGUGAGUUAAUUUUACCAAGAGCAACUUCACUCUGUGUUUAAAAAAUAAGAUAGUAAUGUAUUAUAUAACCUUUUAUCCAAAAUAUUUUUUUGCAAGUUAAAACGAGUGAAGACGAUUUCAAUUCAGAUGGUCUUGCAACUUCAGUUUUAUUUUUGCCAAGGCAAAACACUAAUGUGUGUGUAUACUGGGAAUUCCUUAAAAUCACCCACAAAAAUACACCAUUUAAAAUUUACACUUGUUAUCCCUGUUCAGGGUAACUAUUUGUCAAGAAAUAUUCUUUUGCCCUGUUAUACAGUAGAUAUAUUCUUUUAUAUUUCUAGGCACAAGGUGGUCACUACGGAGCCUAGAAGAGGAAUUUCUUUCCUUCAUUAAUUCAUAAGGAAAGGUUUUGUAUUUUUAAAAACACUAAAGGCAGUGUCACUUCACCUAAUAUCUCACCAUUCUGCAAAAGUGGCAAUGCUUAAACUAAGUGAGUAUUUUGGAAACUGCUAAAUUCUAUGUUAAAUACUGUGCAGAAUAAUGGAAACAUUACAGUUCAUAAUAGCUAGUUUGGAUAUUUUUGUACUUGAUUUGAUGUGUGACUUUUUUUUUUUUCGUAUACUGUUUAAAUCAUGUAUGUUUUGACAUUGUUUAAAAUUCAGUUUUUGUAUCUUGGGGCAAGACUGCAAACUUUUUUAUACCUUUUGGUUAUUCUAAGCCCUUUGCCAUCAAUGAUCAUAUUAAUUGGCAGUGACUUUGUAUAGAGAAUUUAAGUAGAAAAGUUGCAAAUGUAUUGACUGUACCACAGACACAAUAUGUAUGCUUUUUACUUAGCUAGUAGCCUAAAUAAAACCGAAUCUCAACAUACAAAGUUGAAUUCUAGGUUUGGUUUUUAAGUUUUGUUUUCUUUUGCACUUUUGAGUUGAACCUCAGAGGCAAGAUACCUUCUACUAAAUGACAGGCAACAGCCAGUGCUAUUGGACAGCUUUGGUUUCCCUCACACUCUGCCAGGACUUCCCCACAGACAUUAUGUAUCGAGUGUAGAGUUGGUUGGGGUUUUUUUGUUUUGUUUUGUUUUAUUUUGUUUUAGCUUUUAUUUUACUGUAGCAAAAUAGGCCUGAUUGUCUACAAGGUAAAUAGGUUGUCUACAGGAUAAAAUAGUGUGAAAUAAAACCAAGGAUUAUCUUUCAGAUGCUUUUAUGUUUUGCUUGGAGGGCCUUCUUAGGUGUAAUAAGAUUCUUGAAGGUGUGUUACAAGUAUGAGAUUUGAGAAACACUUAGAAUAGUCAUCCUUAAAUGACUUAAACGAAUAAGUCUUCUACUUCCUUGCUCAGAAGGUCAUCUUCAGAAGACCAUCCUAGGAGAACCACUGAGUUUGCUUAUUGUGAUUUAAACAUAGAUCUGGAUCCAAGCUACAUGUUUUGUUUUGUUUUGUUUUGUUUUAAAAUAUUUUCUCUGCCAAGCUCAUUUGAACUCUUGAGUACUUACGGAUACUUUUGUUAAAGACCAAAUUUUAAUCUGUAAAAGUUUGGUGAUUUAAGUUUUAUUGGCAGAUUUUUUUUAAAAAAGAUCAUCUUCAUUCUCUAGAAAUUGCUGACUUUAGGUCCAUUUUACUGUGAAUGAAGAAUAGGAGUGAUGAGAGAUUUUUUAAAUCCAGAUUAUUUGAUUAGGAUCAUUUGAUUAGCAUGCUGUGAUACAAUCCGUUGCCUCCUUUUCUCCUUUAAGGAAGGUUUUCAUGUUUAAUCGUCUGGGGAAAGUGUGUGGAAAUAUUUGCUAAAAAGUCUUUCUUUGAGGCCAAGCCACCUGUCUUGGUUUCUUUCUACUAAGAGCCAUAAUGUUAACUACCAGUAUGUAGCAUUAUUUCUAGUUGUUAAUUGCUUUAUGUUUGUACCUAGAUUCAGUCUUAUGCUUCUGAGAAAACAUCUAGUAUGUUCAUGAUCAGUUAUUUUUGAGAGCUUAGUUGUUAAACAGUAUUUCCAUUUCUUAGAGAUAGUCAUCUUUGAUGAGUAAGACUCAAGAAUCACUAGGUUUAAAAUUUUAUGGCUACUUUAGGGUAGAAUAGUUUCUGCAGUUCUCAGAAUCUGAUUAUUUUGAGGAUAUGGUUCCGGGUAGAUUUUCUCCAGCUAUUUCAUAUCUCAAAAUGUUGAGCUUCAGUGCAAGCUGAAUUGAGAGUUGAACCAAGUACCCUUCUAAUCCAGUAUGAGGCCAUUCCACUUUGGCCCAGUGCCUUUCAGUGCGUUAUCAAAGGGAAUCCUAAAAUGGUGUUGCCUUUAUUUUCCAGGGAGUAGAUUCUUUUGAGGGAUAUGCCCUAUCUCAUUUUUUAUAGUGUGCUACCCCUGGUAUACAAAGAUAAUGAUAAUAAAUCACUGCCAUAUAACCUUGUUUUUCUAGAAACACUGCUCAUUUGUAUUGACCUACCCACCAAAUAGGUCUCUUGUCUCAUCCUUCCUGUAGUCAUUGUAGGUUCACAGGUUGGGUGGUCUAGUUUAAGGAUUACCAUCCUCGAAUUAUCCAAGGAAACUGAAUACAUGUUAGCUGUGUUGUAUUUCAAAGUUAAAAAUCCAUUUUUGUGGGGGAAGGGUGUGGUAUAAAGGGGGGUAUUUGUAAUAGAAAUUUUGAAGGUAAAAUAAAAUAUCCUGUCUUCCAGAUGGUAAACAUCUUACUUUUACAAGUUUAUUGCAGGUAUCUUUUUGACUAUGCCCAUCUGGAAAAGGGAAAUUUUACAUUGUCCCAUGGUGCUCCUCAUGCAUAUAUGGAGGUUAAGGAAUAUAAGGUGAAAUAUUUCUACUCGUGGUUUGGUGGUAACUGGUUAAUAGUUACUCACUAGCUAUUAUGCAAAAUUAGAUUAGUUCAGAUCUUUUUUAGAGCCUUUUGGAAGAAGCAGUUUUAUUCUGACUAGGGCAGAAUCCUUUUUGGUGAUAGUUUCUAUAGUUCUCCUCAUCAUUAAGUCAUUUUACUGGCAUUUUAUUUAAUGCUAGCAGAUUGGGAAGAUGAUGAAUUUUAGGUUACUGAGGUAAAUGAGUAUAUGAAAGCAAUUAUCUGCAAACUCACUUAACUUUUUUGUAGAGGGGGCUUGGCUAAGACUAGCAGAUAAUAGCAUGAAGAAAUGCUGUUUUUUUCUUCCAGUUUUCAAAACUCCUUACUACACUAUUUCGCUUGAUCUUUAUAGUAACUCUGUGAGAGGGGGUUAGAGGGAAGGAAAUGCUUUUUUUUUUCUUUCUAAAGGCAGACCUCAUCUUGUCACAGGUAGCUCUCUGUGAAUAGUUGCCUAAAUUCUGCUUUGCAAAGAUUACAGAAAAGAGGCUCUGAGAAUCUUUUGUGCAAGCCUUUCCAUUCUUUUCUGACAACUAGGUAACUUCUCCCAGGGUGUAUCAGGAAGGAUGUAUAUGGUUAGUGGCCGCAUUCACAGAAGCAUCCUCGGCUUGGCCUUGUCCCUAAGCACUUGUACCAGUGCUUCCAGCUGUUGAUCUUGUUUAUCUGCUGUCACUGUGGAAUGGAAUUUUCUGCAUUACCCAGACUUGCCUUAUUUAAGCAGUAAGCCUUUUUAUUUUAGCCAUUUUGAGGAUGGAGUUAUUAAUGUGUAUAUCAGAGAACAUACUAGAUACAGUGUUUUUUUGUGUGUGCCAACCUGUCUUUGGAUGUCAGGGGCUGCUAAGGUUUUGCAGACUGCUAUGGUUUUGAAUGUUUACCUUUUUUCUUUUCUACACAGUACCUUUCAGUAUUCUCCCUUUCUGAGAGGUCACUUCGUGUGUAGCUCCCCUUGUAGUUUCUUCUUCGCUUUCUGAUUCGUUUUUCCAACUGCUUGGGCAAGAAACCCAGAUAACCAGACUUAGAACUACCUUUAAAACACAAGGACAAAUUGGGACAGGUCCCAAGAAACUUUCCUGUAAAGUAUUGAAAAGGCCUUCAGUGCUUUGGUGUCUGACAUCUGUUUGACUGCUUAGAAUGAUUCCUGAUUCUUUGCUGAGUUCAGGUAGUUGAAAUAGGGAGAAGUGGGUCAGAUUCAUAUUUUCUGCCUUUGAAAGAUUUUGUUGCUUCCAUCUCAGUGCUGCUCGUACAAAAACUGGGGUUACAGGGGUUACUAAAUUACCAUCAGUAGUCAGAGGCAUGCCUUGCCUAGAGGAUACCAGCAAAAAAAAAAAAAAAAUCCUAAAUGAACAACAAAAAACAAACCUUAGGAAAUGAGAGGGUUGUUUUUGUUUUGUUUUGGUGUCCCCUUUUGAGUCCUAUCUUGGGGCUUUCCUCCUCUACAGAUAUUUUUGACCUAUAGGUGCCUUUAUGAGAAUUGAGGGUCUGAUAUCCUGCCCCAAGGAGUAGCUAAAGUAAUUGCUAAUGUUUUCAGGGAUUUUAACAUCAGACUUGAAUGAAUGAAUGAAGCAUUUUCCUCCCUGCCCCCUUUCCCUCCCACCCUCCUUCCCUCCCUCCUUUCCUCCCUCCCUCCCUCCCUCCCUUCCUCCCUUCCUUCCUUCCUCCCUCCCUCCCUCCCUCCCUUCCUCCCUCCCUUCCUCCCCCCCCCUCCCUCCCUCUGUCUUUCUUUCAUAGGAAGGACUGAGGUGAAGACAAUCAUUUCUGUCUAUUGAUGUGGAUAGUUUUCAGUGUAUUUAAGAUGCUUUCACAGUAAGUCUCAGAGCCCAUGUUCUUAUUCAGCCUAAAACUGGUGGCUCUGGGCUGGCACCAGGUACACUCUGGUUUGCACUCUGCCACUGAUUUGAUGUAUGACCUUGAGCAGGUCAUUUCCCUUCUCUGGGCCUCAGUUGCCUCAUCUGUAAAAUGAGGGAGUUGGACUAGAUGUGUUCUAGCUCCGAAAUUUAAGUGACCUUGCCUACCUCGCAGCAGUUUUUGAUUUCUUCCUUAGUUUUGCUCUGCUGUUUGAAGGGGCUUUUUACUUACUUCCAUGUUAUUCAAAUGAGAUUAGGCUUGAUAUUUUAUUACUAUUCUCCAAUGGACAAGAAGUUACAUAGUAUGUCCUUGAGACUUAAAUUUAACCAAAGGCCUAGCACCACCUUGCAAUAAAUACUUAGAAAAAGAAAAAAAAAAAAAAACUGAGAGGAGAGGAAAAGCCUUCAUUCUCUUUUCCCAUCAUCUAGAUUAAAGGUUUCUUAAGGCUUUUUUUUUUUUUUUUUGAGUCAUGGCAUUCUACCUUUUGGGCUGGUGUGUGUGUGACAGCAUCCUCUUAAUGCUGUGUGCUGGUGAUUUUUUUUCAACUAAAAUGAAAUUGAAAACUUACUGUAAAUGCCUAAUGAUAUUAGAGGUCAUUACUUCUGGUCUUUGGUUUCUUAUCUCUUUUAUAAGUUGAAAACAGGGGAAUUCCUCUGAACCACAUCAAUUAAAAUGGUUCAUAUGAUAGAAGAAAACCAUACCAGUGGAUGAUCAUUCACUUUAUUCUUGGCUCUUUUUGGGUCCAUUUUGAUUAGAAUACUUUUGGGUGGAGCAUUCCUUUCAGAGUACUUUUCUGGCCUGUUCUUAGAUGAGUAUCAUUAAUGAACUUGUCUUUUUCAAGGACCUUGAGGACCUUCCUUGGGGGUGGGUUAAGGGUGGGGGGUUGGGGAGUCCUGGUAGAGGCCAGCUCUGUGAUAGCUGGAGAGGAAGGGAUGAAACCAACUGCUGUUGCUAUGGCUGCUUGUCAUUGAUAGAAGGACUCAUGGGCUUGGAUUGGUUGAAAGGCUAAACAUGGAGUUGACAGACUUCCUCCACAUACUGGGUUCUGGCCAAUGCCUUGGACAUGUGAUUUAAGGGAAAAGUGUGAAUGCUUGUAGAUGAUGAAAACCUGGUGGGCUGCUGAACCAUUGGAGGAAGUGACUGGGGGGUGGGGACUUAUUUGGUCAUGGUAUUUCCCAACUCUGUCUCCUCCCCUAAAAUCAGAGGAAUGCAGCUAUGCCAAAACCCAGAGAAGAGCCACACUUAGCUUCUGCUUUUGGGAAAACUGGUCAGCUAAAGCUCCGGUAGUUCCUUUGUGGCUUUCUGUAUACUUUUGCCUGGUUGAAGUCUGUGGCUAAGAAAUAGUUGAACCUUUCCUGAGAACUCUGUAACAAAGUAUGUUUUUGAUUAAAAGAGAAAGCCAAUUAAA